CAUGACCAGCACAGUUGACUCGUUUUACAAUUGAAAUCCACUAUCACAUACUCGGGACAAGUGCUGGAACGGCCUGUCUUGCAUUUCACAGCAAUAUCCUGUGGCCCACCUGACUAAUUCCCGUCAUCAUCACAAGGCACAAGCGAAUUCAUUGCCCAGCUUUGCGACAAAAGGCUUCUUUGAUGCGCUACACCUAACUGUGUGUACUCCGCUGCCCUUGAGCUUUGCCUCAAGAGUAGCAGCAGUUUCCUGGCCUAUCACCAUGUCUAUCUGGAAUCCGGACAACAUCCGCGACGUUGCCGAGUCCGUCGGCGUAUCCAAUUUACCGAAGGAUGUCGUCGACAAUCUCACACGCGAUGUCGAAUAUCGGAUUGGCCAAGUGCUCUUGGAAGCGAUGAGAGUUAUGAGGCACUCGAAACGAACAACGAUGACGACACAAGACAUAUCGAAUGCGCUGAGAGUACUUGAUGUCGAGCCGCUGUACGGGUACGAGUCAACAAGACCGCUCCGCUUUGGAGAAGCUUCGAUAGGUCCCGGGCAACCGCUCUUCUACAUCGAGGAUGAGGAGGUUGAUUUAGAGAAGCUCAUUAAUGCUCCUUUACCGAAGGUGCCCCGAGACGUGUCGUUCACAGCACAUUGGCUAGCCGUCGAAGGCGUUCAACCCUCGAUACCGCAAAACCCGUCAACUGCCGAUGGGAGACACCAAGAGCUCCUUCCGAAAGGGCAAGCAAAUCCAACUCUCGCCACGCUAAGCGGUGCCGACAACCUCAGCUUCCGGCCCCCUGUUAAACAUAUUCUUUCCAAGGAACUACAGCUGUAUUUCGAGCGUGUCUGCACCGCAAUCCUCGACGAGAAUAACGACGAGUUCCGCGAUGCGGCGCUCGUAAGCCUCAAGACCGACCCCGGUUUGCAUCAACUCGUCCCCUAUUUCAUCAACUUCGUUGCCGAAAAGGUGACCCACAACCUCAAAGACCUCUUCGUCCUCCGACAAAUGAUGCACCUCACCAGCGCUCUCCUUGAAAAUCCACAUCUUUCCCUCGACUCCUACGUUCAGGCGCUCGUUGUGCCGGUCCUCACUUGCCUAGUAGGCAAGCAUCUGGGCAACCCUUCGGCAGAUCCAACCCCGCUUGCACAUCUGGAGCUUCGUGACCUAGCGUGUUCACUUCUCACCCAGAUCGCCAAGAAAUAUAGCAAGAGUAGCCAGCAACUCAAACCUCGCCUGGCCCGUAGCUGCUUGAAGAAAUUCCUUGAUCCGCAUAAACCGUUGGGAACGCAUUACGGUGCGAUCGUCGGACUUCAGGGACUCACGGGUCCCGACGGAGUACGGGCUUUGAUUAUCCCGAACUUGAAGUUGUACGACAGCGUCCUCAAGGAAAGCCUUGCAGACGAUGCGAAGAAAAGCGAAGCGGAAGCUGUCAUCAGAGUUAUACUCAAAGGACUGAUGCUUGUUGAGGAUGAUAUGCCUGACUUGAGCCGGCCUUACAGCCCUCAUGCCAAUGCAAGAACUUAUCUCGGCGAUAAGUUGGGAGAGGUCAUUGGGAACAAGGCGGUUGACUUGGGCCGGCCUAAGCUCGUCAAAGCUUUGACUGAGACUGACUUGCCAUUCUGAGGCACGAAACACGUUCAUAAGGAGUACAAUAUCAUGGCGUACAGGACAGAAGUGCCAACUGGGCUAUUUCUGGGUGGACCUGGGGGCUUGCUUUCGAGCCAUCCUUGCUGCGCUAAAAUGGGGCAGCGCUGUAUCAUAUUUACCAUCGGACUGCGAUAUACGGAUGGGGUAGAACAGCCUUCGUCUCGAGGAGGCCUUUCUCUUAAGUUCUUAUUCCGGAUAAAAUGUUCAUUGUGAAAGGGCCUGUGCACCACGUGAUUAACACUUUACCACCUUGAGGAACAG